UGCCACGGGAAAGGGAAGCGACGAACGAUGCUGGCCGCGGGUGAGAUCUGCCAAAUCGAAGAGAUCCUGCGGGACAACAUGAGCAACCGCUCCGUGCGGGUGACGGGAAGACUCGAUGCAUUCGACGCGGCCACCGCGACCGCGUCCAUCUCGUUCCAGAACGCGGCCAUGAAGGUCGCGACGGACCAGCUCGUCAACGUCGAGCUCACGAUCGGAUCGCUGUACCAGUUCAUCGGCGAGACGUACCUCCACAACGGUGAACUGCGACUCCGAGCACGGAUCGGCCGCCACGUGGACGGUCUCGACGUGCAAAUGUUCCUGGAUGCGUUAAAGCUCCGACGCGAGUUCCUCAAGACGACCAUGGCCGCGUAACCUGACACGUCGAAGACGACGUCCUCCUCCUUAUCGUAACGAAUGCAUACAGUGGUGCUUUAUCUUUAUAGCAAGU